UCGGUAUUUCCAAGCGUGCGGACGCGAAUUAAAGAAAAUCCCAACUAAAAUAAUAGUAGAAAAUAUUGUGGAAAAGGGAUUGGCUACUUGAAACUAGAGAAAACUGUCCUUAAAGUUCAUUCUAAACGAAAAUAUCCGAAGCGAACGUGAAUUGAGUGCUUCCAGUUCCAGUGCGUAAAAUGUAUCUAUAAGAUACCAAGUGCGGGUGGGCGAUGCAAUCGAGGUGUUCUCGAGAAUCCGUAAACAAAGAAGGCGGCCAGUUUCAUUGACAUCCAUCGAGAUCCAGCAACAAGUUCACACGAAGACCCAGGACUUUAAAAUGGCAGCGGACUGGCGACUGAUGUUCCUGCUCGGAGUCCUGCUCCUGGUGGGCGUGCCCGCCCAUGGGGAGGUGUACACGGCCUUGGCCGAGAUGGAGGAGCUGCUGGAAACCGAAUCCGUGCUGAUUACCAACUUGGAGGGCUACAUACGCGUCCAGGAGGACAAGCUGAACUUCCUCAAAAACAAAAUGGACGAGUACCAGCGGGAGCACUCGGAUGCCUCCAACGACAUAACCGCCUAUGUAUCCAAUCCCAUCAAUGCCUACCUGCUGACCAAGCGGCUGACCACCGACUGGCGCCAGGUGGAGAACCUGAUGGAGCACGACGUGGGCACGGACUUCGUGCAGAACAUCACCCAGUACCGCAGCCUCCUCAAGUUCCCCUCCGACGAGGAUCUCAAUGGCGCGGCGGUGGCCCUGCUCCGCCUGCAGGACACCUACCAACUGGACACCUCGAGUGUGGCGCGGGGCAAGCUGAAUGGCAUUCAGUACAGCACGGAAAUGUCCUCGGAUGACUGCUUCGAGUUGGGGAGACAGUCGUACGUGAACCACGACUACUACCACACGGUGCUCUGGAUGAACGAGGCGAUGGCCCGCAUGCUGGAGGAGCCGUCCAACCACACCCAGAGCUUCACCAAGGCCGACAUCCUCGAGUACCUGGCCUUCUCCACCUACAAGGAGGGCAACAUUGAGAGCGCCCUGUCCAUGACCAACGAGCUGCUCCAGCUGCUGCCACACCACGAGCGAGCCAAUGGCAACAAGCGGUUCUACGAGAAGGAGAUUGCCCAGCAGCUGCAGCUGAGCAAGAUGAAGGGCGACGAUGGCACCGAUGAGAUGCCCAAGUCCGACCUGCCCGUGGCCAAGAGUGAUCCAGCCAUCUUCGAUAUGACCGAGCGCCGCGCCUACGAGAUGCUGUGCCGGGGCGAACUGAAGCCAUCGCCAUCGGAGCUGCGACCCCUGCGUUGCCGCUAUGUCACCAACGGAGUGCCCUUCCUGCGUCUGGGUCCGCUGAAGCUGGAGGAGGCCCACGCCGAUCCCUACAUUGUGGUCUAUCACGAUGCCAUGUACGACAGCGAGAUCGAUGUGAUCAAGCGCAUGGCGCGCCCCAGAUUCCGCAGAGCAACGGUGCAGAACUCCGUGACGGGAGCCUUGGAGACGGCGAACUACAGGAUCAGCAAGUCCGCCUGGCUGAAGACGCACGAGGAUCGGGUGAUUGGGACGGUGGUGCAGCGCACGGCGGACAUGACUGGCCUGGACAUGGACUCCGCCGAGGAGCUGCAGGUGGUCAACUACGGCAUUGGAGGUCACUACGAGCCGCACUUUGACUUUGCCCGGAAGGAGGAGGAACGCGCAUUUGAGGGUCUUAAUCUAGGCAACCGCAUUGCCACCGUUUUAUUCUACAUGAGUGAUGUGGAGCAGGGAGGCGCCACCGUCUUCACUUCCCUGCACACCGCUCUGUUUCCCAGGAAGGGAACGGCUGCCUUCUGGAUGAAUCUCCACAGAGAUGGACAGGGCGACGUGAGGACGCGCCAUGCCGCCUGUCCCGUACUUACGGGCACCAAGUGGGUGUCCAACAAGUGGAUCCACGAGAGGGGCCAGGAGUUCCGCAGACCCUGCGCCUUGGAGGAGGAUCACGGCGAGUUCGCCAUCUAAUCCGGAGUCUAGUUAGCGAAUGCAACGAAUCCUUGGUGCGGAAUCUCAACCUUCGCCAUCGGCCAUCGACUUCCUAUUGUAAAUAAAGCACCCAGGCUGCAGAAGGUCGCAUCUGUUCUACUUACCGGUUCACCAACCAACUUCUACCUAGCUGUAUCCUAGACUCGUAUGGAAUUUAUCUACUUUUGUAUAUUUGCCUAGUUUAAGUAGUACAAGAAAUUGCAAUAAAUCGAAUUGGAAAUCAAA